GGCGGCAGCGCCGGGGACGGGGAGGCAGCGCCGGGAAGGCCACACUUACCCAGCCGGCGCUUGUUUUUCUGGUGUCAAUUUCGACACUCACCUGGUGAGAGGUGACAGGACCUGAAUGAGGGAAAAAGUGACCUGAGGAGUUUACAGGUAAUGAAACCCCGCCACACAUCUUCCAAGAAAAUGGGGAAACCAACUGGUGGGAAAUCAGCAAAAAAUCCUUUUAAAUCUCAAAAUCAACAAGGGCCUUCCAGAAAAAAGAAGAGAGCAGAUGAACAAGGAAAGAAACAAGGUCAAAAAAGACAGCAGGUCCCUCACACAGUCGAAAGGGAGGUUAAGGAACUGCAGGACGAUUCCUCUGAAGGAGAAAAAGGUUCUUCAAAAAAGGUGAAGCUGUCCAGUGCUACAAUGGGAUCUUGGCAGCCUCUCUCUGAGAACAGUAGGCUGUUCCUGGACAAUAUAGUGGAUUCAGUAGUACUAUCUGUUUUGUCCCAACAGAGGGAGAGAACAGAUGAUGUUCAGAAGCACCUCAAUGUACUGAAAAAAAGGGUGCUGAGAAGUUUCAACACUUUAAAGGUGCCUCCAGGGCAACUGGGCAACCUGAAGAAUAUCCAGAGCCUUCAAAUGGCAGAGAAACAAAUGCUUGAGACAAACGAGGAGUCUUUGGUGCAGCUGCAGGAAGAAAUAACUGAUGCGGAGAAAUCAGCAGAGCGCAUUGAGGAAAAUACACAGCAACUGCAGUACAAAAUCCAGGUGCUGAAGAACCAGUUAAAAGAAGAUGAAAAAGAUGCCAGGAAGGUAUUCCAGGAAAAUGACAGUGGAACACUCCAGCUCCCAGAACUCCCCAAGCGCAGUUUGCAGGCACCCACGUUGCAGGAGGAAAUUUUGAAGGUAAAGAAUCAGAAGGGCCUUUUGAAGGAUAUGAAUGCUAUUCAGCAGUCAGCUGACUUGAAGAACUUGUUAACCCUCAUUGAAAAGACCUAUGAGAAGGUGGAUUUGCUUUGAGAAGCCAAAAUGUGUGGAGUCUCCAUGCUGAGCUUGGAAACUGCUUUCUUCCUUAUGGCCUUCCUGCUGUGACUGCAGAAUUUCUAUUAAAACAUUUUCUAUUAACAUUGGUAUAUAAAUCUGUAGAUACAUUUUGGGACUUCAGUGAUUUAAGUCAUUUGUAAGGGUUUUUUGGCGGUUUUUUUUUUUGACCUGUGAUGACUUCUAAUGAUGAUAUAUCCUGCCUUGGGAGAAGGGAGGGAAAUGAAUCCUGAGUUAUUAGGGUGUUUUUACAGAAUAAGGGAACUUUUCCAUUGUAUUUGCACUUCUCUAUCUGUAAAUCACUGAAGGCAGCGUCUUUUACCAAAGUAGUUUGUAUUUGGGAGUUUAAACCUGAAACAAUAAAAAUAAGCUUAUCUAAUACUCAGUGGUAAAUCCCCUGUUCAACUUUCUUAUUAUUUUUAUUUAAAAAAGCCCUCAAUUGAAGAAAAUGUAAUAAUUUUUAUCCAAUGUACAAAGUUACAAAAUGUUUUUACGUUUUCAUUACUUAAUAAAAAAAACAACAUCAAACAACAUAAAGUACUUUCUCAGGUUAAAUUACCUCCUGGAAGAUAGCAGUGCUAGCACUGACUUGUCCAUAAACUCUUGUUCUCCUAUUUACAAGCUGCUGCUACUCUUAAUGAGAUAAAAGCUAAUUAUCUCUCUUAAAAUCAUGGAAUUUCUCAAGUUGGAACAAAUGUGCAAGGAUCUGUGAGUCCAGCUGUCUACUCCUCACAGGAUUACCUAAACCAUGUAGGAUCAGAAAAACCAGACUAAGUACUUGCUUUAUACUGAAUCACAGGAAAAGAAAUAUAAUUAUUUAAAAAUAUGUCUCAAAUUUGUGAUGACUUGGCUAGGGGAGCAUUUACUGAUAUAACCAUUUCCCCCAAAUAAUUUAAUCCACAGUAUGGAUUAAAGAUUUUCCUGCAUGCCAGGGAAAGGUUAAGUAAAGAUAUAUUUUGCUUUCAUUAAGGGUGAUUUACUGUGUGGGUUUUGAACUUCCUGAACCAGAUAAGAGACCUUUUCCUUUUUAAAUUUUUUUUUAGUUUGGGAACAAAGUGUGGAGAAGGGCAGUGAGUAGGAGUCAGAUUCAGCUUCCACACGAGAAGUUGAAAUAGUAACUGAAGAAUGAUCUGCUUCAUUACAGCUCUGGGUAGUUACAGAGGCAAGCCAUAAUUACUUCAAUUUAUUUUUUUCCCCUGACACUUGGUGAUUUAUGAUAGGCUGGCUGUGAGUGUUGUUACUUUGGGGUUGUCAUGCACAUGUAAACAGGGCAACAUGAACCAGGGAACAUAAAUCCAGACAUUUAUUAGGUGGUUUUUGCUCGGCUUGACAGUGGACACUGUUGGCCAGAGUUGCAGAAUGAUCAGGUUGUUGGUUUUGAUGAGAUUUGAGGCCUCUUGCAGAAGGUUCUCUGUUGUGUGUGUGGAGCUGUGACCACACCUGUGUGAUCUGACCUGGGAGCACCUGAAACUUCAAUUGCACAAACCUUGGCUUUAAGCAG